CGAACGCACUGAACACUGCUGAAUCGGCUUGGACAAGACCGCCUGAUUCUAUGGAGUAUGGCGUCAGGCACUUUGCCCCAGGAGCUCGCAGACCACAUCAUCGACUUACUGUCUGCUAUUCCGACUCCUACGUCCGAUCGCAAUGACCUUGUGAACUGUACACUUGUUAGCAAAGCUUGGCUUCCUCGCACCUCCCGCCGUCUUUUGAAGCACAUCGAAGUGCUCGCCCUCAAAUUCCCCGCUUUCCUCCGCUUCGCGCAGUCCUCAGAACGAUUCCGAGCGUACACCGAAGAACUGGUUGUGCUUGGGACCACAGAUAUGUCUCCGCACUGGACCAUCAUGUUAUCGGCGUUGCCCCAACUCUGCUCACUCGAGCUGUGGAGUAAUCUCCUUCCCGGGAACAAAUUCAAGCCCUUACCCGACUCUGCACUUGCCCGUCACCAUCAUCUCGCCAAGCUGAAGAUACACUGCGCGGAAUUGGACGCUGUGCCUAUUCUACUUCUACCCUUUGAUCGCGUCGACACCCUAGAACUGCGCUCGCUCAUACAUUAUGCAGACGAUCCAUCAGAUUGGCACUCCACAACCGGCGGAGCUGCCCAAGUUCCCAACGCUAUACCUCUUAAAGUAGGGCGUCUUAUAUUGGAAAAUUGCUGUAAGCACAAUGCCCUCAGUCUGUUGCGGACCAUCCUUCGCCCGACCGCGGUCUUCGCGAACGGCUUCGAUCGUGAGGAGGCCGCCAGUCUCAGCGCCUUUCUCCAACAUGCUGGGCAAGACGUCGAGCACAUCAACCUUCUCCCCACCCAGGACGACGACGCCUCUGGCGGCGAUGCACGUAACUGGAAUAGCCGAGGCUUGGUUGACCUGGCGGUCCUGGCAGUCUGUCCAAAGUUGACAUCCAUCACGCUUGACCUAGUCGAUGUCUUCUGGGCCCAGGAUCUUUGCCGGGAAGUCUUACGUCACAUGCCCAAGGGCAUAUCACGCCUGCGCAUCAUCCUCACUGACGACCGGUGGGAAGAUAUACUCGGCCUCAUUGCUACUCACCUGAGGCUGAGCCAGGACAAAUACUCCGAGCUCAACAGUCUCGAGCUCCGUGGCGUCUGCGAGGAGGCGGAGUCGGAAGAGGAGGUUCAGGCGCUGCUUCUCGAGAUGCGGGAGGAGGUCGAAACCAGUCUACCGCCGCGGUAUAGCGCCAUCACGAAGGUGCUGCCGUAGAUACGAGUUUCUGAUGAGUAUUCCAACUUCUGUAGAACG